CGCAAAUUUGAAAUGACAGUUUAUGUGCACCGUAGAUCGUGUAUAAAAAUAGAUAUAUAUAAAACUCAGAGAUUGGAAACAUUGAACAAUGGCGUCUGAGAUAACACCGAUGAAGAGGGAGGAUAAUGUGGAGCGAGACGGGGACAUAGGGACAUGCGGCUACCUCCUGUGGGGCCUGUCUUCAUUCAUUCUGGUCAUCUUCUUCCCGUUCUCCCUGUGUUAUGCCAUUAGGGUAGUUCAGGAAUACGAGAGAGCCAUCCUGUUCCGUUUGGGGAGAGUCGUUCAAGGCGGACCAAAAGGACCAGGUUUGUUCUUCAUUUGGCCAUUUAUUGACACCAUGGAAAAAGUUGAUUUACGAACAGUUUCUUUUGACGUCCCACCUCAAGAGAUUCUGACCAAGGACUCGGUGACCGUUGCCGUUGACGCUGUUGUGUACUUCCGGAUUUUCGAUCCUGUGAUGUCAAUUUGUAAUGUCCACAACGCCCAGAGAUCCACCCAACUGUUGGCUGCCACUACCCUGAGGAAUGUCCUCGGUACCAGAGCCAUGUCUGAAGUGCUCUCUGAUCGAGAGAACAUUUCACAAGAGAUGCAGCGUAUCUUGGAUGAGUCCACGGACCCCUGGGGAAUGAAAGUGGAAAGAGUGGAGGUGAAGGAUGUAAAAUUGCCUGUCCAGUUACAGAGAGCUAUGGCGGCAGAAGCGGAAGCUGGCCGAGAGGCCAGAGCAAAGGUGAUUGCAGCAGAAGGAGAACAAAAAGCGUCACGUGCUUUGAAGGAGGCUGCAGACGUCCUCUCUGAGUCACCUGCCGCUCUGCAACUUCGGUAUCUUCAAACUCUCCAGACAGUGUCAUCUGAGAAAAAUUCGACCAUUAUCUUCCCAUUGCCCAUUGAUAUAUUGUCAUCCUUUUUGAAAAAAUAAUUGUCCUUAUUGCAGGCUAUUGAAGGGGGAAAAUCAAAUUAUCACAAAGUUGUGACGUUAUACAUAUAACCUGCAACACCGGUAUUUCAUAUUUAUUGUACUCAUUGAAUAUACUGUGUAUUGAAUAUUUUCAGAAAGUUAUCUUAUGUAUUUAACAUGUUAUUAUUAUGUUCAUGUUCAUUAUCUCAGGGAGGCAAGCACUUGAUUUUUAGCUAACCUGAGCUGAAAGCUCAAGUGAGCUUUUCUGAUCAUCUGUUGUCCGUCUGUCUAUAAACUUUCACAUUUUUUACUUCUUCUUCAAAACCACUAGGCCAAUUUCAACCAAACUUAGCAAAAAUCUUCCUUGGGGGAAGGGGAUACAAGUUUGUUCAAUAAAAGACAAAAAGCCCUUCUCCAAGGGGAGAUAAUAGCGAAAAUACACUUAAAUUUUUAAAAAAUCUUCUCCAGAAAAAGUGGACCAAAUUCAACCAAACUCUGCGCAAAGCAUGCCUAGGUGAAGAAAAUUUAAGUUUGUUCAAAUAAAGGGCCAUGCUCCAUUCAGAGGGGAGAUAAUCACGAAAGUGCAAAAAUAGGGUGGGGUCAUUUAGAAAUCUUUUUCUCAAGAACCACUGGGCCAGAAAAGUUGAAAUUUACAUGAAAGCUUCCUGACAUAGUGCAAAUUCAAGUUUGUUCCAAUCAUGACCCCCGGGGGUAGGGUAUGUCAACAAUAGGGGAUCAAUUUUUACAUGCAAAUAUAUAGGGAAAAUCUUUUUCUCAAGAACCAUUGGGCCAGAAAAACUUUCUGACAUAGUGCAGAUUCAAGUUUGUUAAAAUCAUGGUCCCUAGGGAUAUGAUAGGGCCAUAAUGAUGGGAUCAAAGUUUUAUAUGCUGAUAUAUAUCGGAAAUAUCUUUAAAAAUAUCUCUUGAACUAUUUAAGCUAGGGCUUUCAUAUUUUGUAUAUAGAUUCUUUAUGGCAAUACCUUGUUAUACUAUGGUGUUUACCUUGAACAACGGCAAGGCCAGGGUGAGCGGUGUGGCCUAUGGGCCUCUAAUUUUCGUUUUAAGUACAAUGCUCAUUUUCUAUGUUCAAAUUUUCGUAGUAAACUAGAUAAUUUAAAAAAAAAAUGUUUAUUGUAUUAUUCUUUCCUUUCGUUCUAGUGUUAGUGUUCAUGUGUCGUGUAUUCAUGAUGAUUUGUCUUAUAUUGUAUGUGCUGUAAUGUUUACCUGUCUGUGUAUUAUAAAUUUCCUACCGCUCUAGGAAAAAUAAAUAUAUUCUGAAUAAUCAA